AUGUUUGUGAGGAAACCUUUUCUCUGGAAAUGUUUGGGGGGGUGGGUGUUUGCCAGGAGCCUGAGUGGGGGGUCCGGCAGUAGGUUGGACCUGGCCGGCAUUUACCCCCCUAUCACCACCCCCUUCAACCAGAGGGGAGAGGUGGACUACCAGCAGCUGGAGAACAACGUCCACAAGUGGAGCAAGAUCCCCUUCAGAGGGUUGGUUGUGCAGGGCUCCAACGGGGAAUUUGUCUACCUGAGCAGCGAGGAGCGCAUCGAGAUUGUCCGCAGGGUGAGGCAAGCCCUCCCUCGGGAGAUGCUUCUGAUGACUGGCUCCGGAUGUGAAUCCACGGAAGCUACCGUGACGAUGACGCAGCGAAUGGCAGACGCGGGGGCGAGCGCUGUGAUGGUCAUCACUCCGUAUUACUACAGGGGCCGGAUGGACAGCUCUGCCUUCAUUCACCAUUACACGCAGGUGGCAGAUUCCUCGCCCGUACCCGUCGUGCUGUACAGUGUCCCAGGCAACACAGCUCUGGAGCUGCCAGUGGAUGCCAUUGUGACGCUCUCCCACCAUCCCAACAUCAUUGGGCUAAAGGACAGUGGCAACGAUGUUACAAGGAUCGCCCUGAUUGUUCACAGAACCAGGAAGCAGGGUUUCCAGGUGCUGGCCGGAUCUGCGGGAUACCUCCUGCCGUCAUACUCAGUGGGUGCUGUUGGAGGCGUGUGUGCACUGGCGAACGUGCUCGGGGAGCCCCUGUGCAAGCUGGAAAAGCUCUGCCUGGCCGGACAGUGGGUAGACGCUCGUGAACUUCAGUAUAGGCUGGUCGAGCCAAAUGCAGCAAUUACACGCAAGUUUGGCAUCGCAGGCCUAAAGGAAGCGAUGGAAUGGUUUGGGUAUCACGGAGGACCCUGCCGUGCUCCGUUACUGCCCUUGACGGAAGCAGAGAGGAAGGAGUUGUGUGAUGACUUCACGUCCAAUGGAUGGCUGUAAACUUAACUACACAGACGAUUACAGAUGUAGAACUGGUGUCAAAAUAACAAAAAUGGAAAAGGGCCCGAAGCAAAAGUUCGGGCACCCUGCAUGGUCAGUACUUAGUAACACCCACUUUGGCAAGUAUCAAAACUUGUAAAUGCUUUUUGUGACCAUCUAAGAGUCUUUCAAUUCUUGUUUGGGGGAUUUUCACCCAUUCUUCUUUGCAAAAGGCUUCUAGUUCUGUGAGAUUCUUGGACUGUUUUGUGCACACUGCUCUUUUGAGGUCUAUCCACAGAUUUUCGAUGAUGUUUAGAUCGAGGGACUGUGAGGGCCAUGGCAAAACCUUCAGCUUGUGCCUAUUGACGUAGUACAUUAUGGAUUUUGAGGUGUGUUUAGGAUAAUUAUCCUGUUGUAGAAGCCAUCCUCUUUUCAUCUUUGGUGUUUUUCUUUUACAGAUGAUGUGAUGUUUGCUUCCAGAAUUUGCUGGUAUUUAAUUGAAUUCAUUCUUCCCUCUACCAAUGAAAUGUACCCCAUGCCACUGGCUGCAACACAAGCCCAAAGCAUGAUCGAUCUACCCCUGUGCUUAACAGUUGGAGAGGUGUUCUUUUCAUGAAAUUCUACAUCCUUUUUUCUCCAAACAUGCCUUUGCUCAUUGCGGCCCAGAAGUUCUAUUUUAACUUCAUCAGUUAAAAUCUAAACAAGCCUGAUGCAUUUUGGAAACAAGUCCUGUGGUCUGAUGAAGUUAAAGUAGAACUUAAUGCCUUUUGGAAAUCAGGUCAUCUUUUAUUCGCUUAACUAUUCACAGUAACAGAAAUUUUGACCAGGGGUGCCCAAACUUUUGCAUGCCACUCUAUCAACUGGUUGAGUGGUAUCACAGCAAUAAUCUUGCAAUGUCAGUAAGACUGAAGAAUUGACUGUGGACUUCAGAAAGAGUAAGCUGAGGGAACACACACCAUUCCUCAUAGAGGGAUCAGAAGUGGAAAGAGUGAGCUUCAAGUUCCUGGGUGACAGUAUUAAUGAGGAUCUAACCUGGACCCAAAAUUUUGAGACAGCUACAGAGAUGGCACAACAACGGCUAUAUUUCAUUAGGAGCUUGAGGAGAUUUGGUAUGUCACCAAAAACACCUGCACAUUUCUAAAGAUGUGCCCUGGAGAGCAUUCUAACCGGCUGCAUUACCAUCUGUAUUGGGGAGAGGGCGCUACUGCAUAGGAUCAAAAUAAGCUGCAGGCAGUUGUAAACUAAGCUCUGUAAGAUCAAGGUCAUAUUCAAGAAGCGAUGCUUCAAAAAGGCGGUGUCCAUCCUUAAGGAUCCCCAUCACCCAGGUCAUGCUUUGUUCUCAUUGCCACCAUCAGGAAGGAGGUACAGAAGCCUGAAGAUGUACACUCAAUGAUUCAGGAACAGCUUCUUCCAUUCUGCCAUUUGAUUUCUGAAUAGACAUUGAAACCAUGAACACUACCUACUCUUAUUUUUGCACCACUUAUUUAAUUCACACACACACACACACACGUA